GCCUGGGCCACGCUCAUGACGGGCGAGAAGUACCUGCCCGGCCUCGCGGUCUUUGCGCACUCGCUGCUGCGGGAACACAAGAGCGCGUACCCGCUCGUGGUCAUGACGACGGGCAAGCUCAGCGAGGAGGCAAGGCAGUGCGUGCUUGCGCUGGGCUGCGAGAUUCGGGAGGUGAAGGAUCUGCGUCCGGAGGUCGCUGGCACCAACAUGGCGUACGCGCGCUUCGGCGACGUCUGGACCAAGCUGCGCGCCUUUGAGCUGGCCGAGUACGAGCGCGUCAUCAUGGUCGACUCGGACAUGCUCGUGCGCCGCAACAUGGACGAGCUCAUGACGCUGCCGCUCGACGACGGCAUGCAGAUUGCCGCGGGCUUUGCGUGCACGUGCAACCCAGCGAAGAUGGCUAGCUACCCGAAGGACUGGAUCCCGGAGAACUGCGCCUUCACCCCGCAAUCGCACCCGGCGGCCCUCACGCAGCCGCUCAAGCUCGACGCCUCGUCGAUGCCGACGCACAAGCUGCUCAACUCUGGCCUCGUCGUCCUCACGCCCUCGAGCGAGACGAUGCGUGCCAUGGAGCAGCGCCUCAACAGCGACCCGAGCGUCAAGGAGAUGGCCUUCCCGGACCAGGACUUCCUCGCGGCCUUCUACGCCGGCGCAUGGCAGCCGCUGCCGUGGGUGUACAAUGCGCUCAAGAAGCUGCGCGCCGCGCACGCCGACAUGUGGCGCGACGACAAGGUCGCCAACGUGCACUACAUCAUCGACAAGCCGUGGGAGUCGCUGCCCUCCGAUGAGCACCCCGACGCAGUCACGCACGGCUGGUGGUGG